AUGGCGCGGCUCACCGAGGAAAUGGUGAUUGCUCGCUCGAAGCAAUCGGACCUGGCCGCAAUCAAGAAGCUUAACUGUUGGGGUAGCGAAUUGAGCGAUGUUUCCAUCAUUCGACGCAUGCGUGGAGUAGAAGUGCUCGCCUUCAGUGUCAAUCGAAUCAGUACACUAGCGGAUUUCGAAAACUGUAUAAAUCUACAGGAGUUGUACCUCAGGAAGAACAAUCUGACCGACAUCGAUGAGCUGGUUUAUCUACAGAAUCUUCCCAAGCUGAAAUACCUUUGGCUGGAGGAGAACCCGCUGGUCGAUAAUGCCGGACCAAGCUAUCGGCAGAUAGUGUUACGUGCGUUGCCAAACCUCAAGAAGCUGGACAAUGUCGAUGUGACGCCGGAGGAAGUUACCGAAGCGAUGCGGGCGCCGGUCGCCCAACCGCAACGGCACGAAGUGUACGAAAAUCCUUCGCCGCCACCGCCACAACAACAGCAACCGCCGGCGUCCCAGCAGCAAUAUCGCCAGCAGAGUCCUGUUAUAGAGCAGCAGAUGAGCCCGGAAAAUACGGAAUCCGAGUGCAUCAGUGAUCCGGCGGAUCGUGCCUCGAUCCCAUCAUCACCGUUGCAGCGAAGCCCCCCGAACAGGGACUGCUAUUCACCACCGACACAGGCACAGAACUCGCAUGCCUCUUCGCACUACAGCACGAACAAUCACCGCGGUUCCUACCAGCAGUAUGAUAGAUCACCGGGCUCGGACCAGGACAGCCCGGUGUCGGGUUACCGAGAACGGGUACCAAUAGCACCUAGUAUGUCAACGCACUCGAUGAAGGAAUACUACCAGUCGGAUUAUCAGCGCCAGAAUCCUCCUGCCCAUUACCGCCACAGCCAGAUGGAUCUAACCGAGUGGGACGAAUCGUCACCGGCCGGACAUCAUCAGAACAAUAACAAUAACGGUGGCCAACACUCGUCCAACAGUCACCAUCAACAGCAGCAGCAGAACCACGGUCAGUCAAACUAUCAGCAGAACCGACGCAGCAUCGCGGGCAGUACGGUGAACGAGCGGGAACUGUACCAGUAUCGGAACGGUAAUGGCAAAGGUCCCGAAUCGCGCGACGAGUGGGAAGAUGUCGAUCGACGAAGGAAUGAAAACAGGAGAUCCGACUCGCGGUUCAACGAUAGUGCAAGCGUAAUCUCCAAUGCACUGCUGAACCACUUUGCCGGUGUUCAUCGGAGGCCUGUCAGCAGGAACUCUAAUCUACUGUCGGCCACCCUCUGUCUGGUGAAGGAACUCGACUACCCGAGCCUUGAGGUAGUGGAGCAUGCGGUACGGUGUCGCAUCGACGAGCUGGCUGAGUAG